AUGUAUCAAGGACUCGUCCCCCCUGACACUUGGGCACAAAAGGAUAUUUGGCAGACGACGGCCAAAUGUGUGGGUUUACUGGGACUAGUUGGUGCCCUUUUAUACAUAGCUGCCCGGAUCACGAAGAUGCGUGGCCUAAGCUACCGUAUCUACUUCGUGGAGACCAUUUCUUUCCCGGCUCUCCGGCGCACCCAGGUUACUGAAAUCGAUCUCUCCGAUUCCAAUCAAUUCGAUGGUCAACUUCUACCCCGUCUUCGCUCUUAUUACCCUGAUUUUGCGCAUGGGGCCGAGCCAGCCGAAAUGUCACCUCCGAGCCUUAUUAUAUUAGAGCCCGAAACCGUGAAUGAUGGGAACGACAACAUAAUCGACGCAAGCGACAUUGGACAUACAUUCCGCGUGGAGGCGGCGGCCAGAUCUUUAAAUCACGACGAUGCUUAUCAUGCUGCCCUUGCCGCUGCCUCUGUGAUAACACGCCGUCGGACGAAUGCUACUACUGUUUCUACUGGGCUCAGAUUUGGCUUCCAAAUCAGCCUGGCUCGGGAAACGAUGCCCAACUUUGCCCAUGUCGAGGCUGAACGUGGACUGCCGAUGAACGACCCAUUGGCGUUCGAAGAUUCAGAUGUGGAGGAUGAGGAGGUCGAUGAAGAUGAGGAUCAAGGCGACCAUGUUUCUUCGAAUAUCCCAUCCUCAAGCGGUACACCAAGCUGCUCAUUGUGCGGCCCCGAUCCACCGACGGAUGAUGGUCAAACGCCAAACAAUGAGGAAAAUCAACUGUCUAGGGAGCAGCCUGAUGUACCGCCAACAUCAGUUACUAUCAAGUUUUUGGACGAUCGAAUUCUGAUUGCUCCUACUCACCUCGACGACACUGUCGGAGAUUUCAAAAGAAAAUUCUUCUCGGAUGCAAUUAGUUCCGGCAACGUUGUGCGGUUGAUCUACAAAGGCCAACUUCUACGUGAUGAUAGUCGAAGCCUGGCAUCAUAUGCUGUUGAAGACGGCUGCGUCGUACAUUGUAGCAUCUCUGAUGUGCCGUAUUCAGUUCCCGUUCCCACAGAAGCCCCAAAUGCUGCCGCUACUUUGCCUGGGCGCGAAAACGUGCACCAAAACGGAGCCGCACAACAUAGAGGCCGUCGCGUCCGUCGUUAUCCUCGUUGGCCUCCACGGCGACGCAACCCAACACCGGAGCAUAUCCGCAAUGGAGUCGAUCGUUUUAUGUGGCAUUUCGCGGAUUCACUUCCAUCACCAGACGAGUAUUCGCCGUCGUUCGGACAACUGUAUGAAAUGCUGCUUGAUUUAUUCGACUAUUUUUGGGAAGGUUUGAUGCAUGAGGAUUCGGUCGCCCAGGCUUUCUACCGCGGGCUGAUGCAGCCGCUUCCGGAACGACCACAUAUGAAUGUUGUACAGCAAGUCUCAUUCAACAUCUAUAAUAGGGUGCAUAAUUCGCUCGCUUCGGUGAAUCAUCUCUUCGAUCAGCGUAGUUUAAGUGCUCAGGGUAGGACCGAAACCCUCCGAUACGCCAUCGACUCCAUGAUAUUUUUGAUACUAGCUCGAGCUUUGGACGCGCUCGUCCUGCUGACGACACAACGUUCCGUGUUCUGCACGUAUUUCUACCAGUACACCGGCUGUUUCGAGUGGUUGCUGUUAGGAUUGCUCAUUAUUUGGCGUCCAAGCGUGGACGAAGAUCAUGAAGCA